UUUAUUUCUAACAGUUUUGUAACUAGUAAAUUUAAUAAUAUUUUAGAUUGAUUUACAUUUAUAUUUAUAUGGACGUAUUUCUGUAAAUUUGUUUGAUUAAAAGCCUAAAAAAUCUAUUAGAUCCAAAGCAGUCCUUGAAGAUAUGAAAAUUUUGAUAAAAACCGAGUAAACCCCUAAUUUUAUAUCAAUCAAGUACAUAUAAUGACAAUAGCUGAGUUUUUCGGUUGUGCAUUCUUGGCUUUUGGGCCACCAAUGUCAAUGUUUAUCUUAACUGUUGCAAUAGAUCCAAUUCGUAUUAUAAUAAUGAUAGCAGCAUCAUUUUUUUGGGUUUUAUCAAUAUUAUUAUCUUCAAUAAUUUGGUUUAUAGUAGUGCCAUUGAGGGACCGCCUUUGGUUUGGAGCAAUUGUUUCGAUUCUUUUACAGGAACUUUUCCGUUAUGUGGUGUAUAAAUUAAUUAGAAAAUCAGAAAGAGGACUUCAAGAUAUCACAGAAAGUAGUAGAGUUGUUGAAAAUAAACAUAUAUUAGCUUAUGUUUCUGGAUUAGGUUUCGGUAUUAUUAGUGGAUUAUUUGCUUUAUCAAAUGUCUUAGCAGAUUUAACUGGUCCUGCAACAAUGGGCUUAAACGGAGGUACAGAAAUCUUUUUUAUAAUAUCAGCUGCUCAAACCCUCUGCAUGAUUUUUUUACAUACAUUUUGGAGUAUAAUAUUCUUUAAUGCCUGGGAUACUUCAAAAUACACACAUGUAGCUUAUGUAGUCUUUUCUCAUUUAUUAGUAUCUCUAUUAACGUUAUUCAAUAAAAGCGGACUUUAUACAGCUAGUUUGAUACCAAAUUACAUUAUAGUAAUUUUAACUGGAAUACUAGCUUUUAAAGUUGCUGGCGGAAGUUUUUUAUCUUUUAAAAGAUUUGUAACGUGCAAAUAAAUAUUUCCAGUCAAAAACCUGUAUUAUAUAUCCAUUUUAGCCGAAAAAUAAUAUCGCAAAUAGUAUUCGUAUUAAUUUUAUGUAUGUAUUAUGAUUCCAAAAUCUUAACUAGGACCAAAUUUUUUUAUUUUAUUGAAUUAUUUAUUUUUAAAAGAAAUCAUGGAAAUACUGUUACAGAUUAAAACACAUACUUAUUUUAAAUAUAUCCAAUAAUUUGUUAUAAAAUGGUCUAUUCCAAUAAAACUGCAUUGAUUAAAGAAUUUUAUUUAGAUCUUACAAUAUAUAAAUUUGUUAUUUAUUACUAAAAAGUGCUAGUAACGAUAUUUAAUAAUUCAACUACAAAAAUAUGCUGCUAUUUUAAAAAUGUUAGAUGGAAUUUCGAAGUAUUUUUAGAAGUUGGAAAAAUUUAAAACGUGAAUAAAAAAAUACAGUUAAUAUUAAAUCAUGAAAUUAAUAUGAAGAAAAUAGAAAAUAAAUCUGAAAUAACCUUACAAGUUCGAUAAAUUUCUCUAAUUUUAAGUUUAUUGUAAAAGAACAAACGUUUUUAAUAAAAUAUAACAUAAAACUAUUUAUACCUACUUAACACAGAAA